CGUGGGAACCCUGCGUAAGGGCUUUACUAGGGAAAACGGUGCUGGUUCACUGGGGCGCGUUUCCGGGAAGGUGAAUACCGGUGAAAGUUAUGCUGAGGGUGAGGUAGGCUCUGACGACGCACUUGCAGGUUGAAUAUUGGCACAUCAUUUACUUGUUACUCCCCGUGUGGUGAGUGCACCUGUGGGUUUUGAUGCCGGAUCAUAUUCCUGGAAGGAGGCGCGCAUUAAGACUGCGGCUUACUGAGCUGCGCGACACUCCGUAUUUUUCCAAAACGUAUUUGUAAUAUUCUUUCAACCUGUUUGCAUAAUGGGACAUCUCUUAAAUGCAGCAAGCUUUAAUGCAUUUUUGCCAAAUAAACUCAAAAACUGACACUUGAUUCAGCUGUUGGAAAGUUUUUUUAAUGUGGUUGGAACAACUGAGAACUUGGCAGGAUGAAGACAAAGUGUGUGAAAGGUCUUAAAAAUAAAUAUGAAUUUAGAUUCCAUACAUCGAUUAAUUGAGGAAACACAGAUCUUCCAGAUGCAACAAUCAUCAAUUAAGUCACACGGCGACAUGGUGGCACCUGCCUCACCCCCCAGGGAUACCUGUAAUACCUGCUUCCCACUUCAUGGGCUACAAUCUCAUGCUGCUCACAAUUUCUGUGCUCACUCAUAUAACACCAACGAAUGGGAUAUUUGUGAAGAACUUCGCCUGCGGGAGCUUGAAGAAGUCAAGGCCAGAGCUGCUCAGAUGGAAAAGACCAUGCGGUGGUGGUCGGACUGCACUGCCAACUGGAGAGAAAAAUGGAGUAAAGUUCGAGCUGAAAGGAACAGUGCCAGGGAGGAAGGAAGGCAACUCAGAAUAAAACUAGAGAUGGCGAUGAAAGAAUUGAGUACACUGAAAAAGAAACAGAGUUUGCCACCUCAGAAGGAGGCAUUAGAAGCUAAAGUUACCCAGGAUCUGAAGCUUCCUGGCUUCGUAGAAGAAUCCUGUGAACAUGCAGACCAAUUUCAAUUGAGUUCACAAAUGCAUGAGUCUAUCAGAGAGUAUUUGGUAAAAAGACAAUUUUCUACAAAGGAGGACACAAAUAAUAAGGAACAAGGUGUGGUUAUUGAUUCUCUAAAAUUAAGUGAGGAGAUGAAGCCCAAUCUAGAUGGUGUUGAUUUAUUCAACAAUGGUGGUUCUGGAAACGGUGAAACGAAAACUGGGCUGAGACUGAAAGCAAUAAAUCUGCCUUUGGAAAAUGAAGUAACUGAAAUUUCAGCUUUGCAGGUGCAUUUGGAUGAAUUCCAAAAAAUCUUAUGGAAGGAAAGAGAAAUGCGCACAGCUUUGGAAAAAGAAAUAGAGAGACUGGAGUCGGCUUUGUCUCUGUGGAAGUGGAAGUAUGAAGAACUGAAAGAAUCAAAGCCAAAACAUGUGAAAGAGGUGGCUGAAGGGAAAGAUACUUGGAGUCUGAAGAGUGUUACGAGAGCAGCUGACCGUCCACAGUUUGACAUUCUUCUUGGUCAACAUAAUGAUGAAAUGGAAGAACUGUCAGGCAAUAUAAAGGAAGAAUCCAAAUCUCAAAACAGCAAAGACAGAGUGAUUUGUGAGUUAAGAGCAGAGCUAGAGAGAUUGCAAGCUGAAAAUACCUCAGAGUGGGACAAGAGGGGAAUACUUGAAACAGAAAAGCAGGGACUGGAGAGAGAAAAUAGAAGGCUGAAGAUCCAGGUGAAAGAAAUGGAAGAGCUCUUGGAUAAGAAAAAUAGAUUAAGUGCAAACUCUCAAAGUCCUGAUUUCAAGAUGUCACAAAUUGAUCUGCAAGAAAAAAACCAGGAAUUACUGAACCUUCAACAUGCCUACUAUAAACUAAGCAGACAAUACCAGGCAAAUAUUGCAGAACUGACUCAUGCAAACAACCGAGUGGAUCAAAAUGAGGCAGAAGUAAAGAAACUAAGAUUACGGGUGGAAGAACUAAAGCAGGGACUCAACCAAAAAGAAGAUGAGCUUGGUGAUUCCCUGAAUCAGAUCCGUAAGCUCCAGAGGUCUCUGGAUGAAGAGAAAGAAAGAAAUGAAAACUUAGAGACUGAACUCAGGCACUUGCAAAACUGAUGAUACCUUCAGCUAUACGACUGACCCUUCAAAGUUUGAAAGUGGAAUAGUAAAAACUUAAAGACUGCAUUUUCUGAUUGUCACCUGGCUCUGUUAUUCUCUGUUCUAUGGCGUUGCUAGCCUCUCAGCUUAUCUACUUGUAGAUUAUGAGUGUCAAGUAAUGUUGCUCUUCUAUGCAAAUAUUUUCCUCAUUUUAGAUAAGCUAAGCAUUUAGAUAAAGUUAUAAUCAGUUAGUGAGAGUUUUUCUAUCUGUAUGUUUAAUGAUUUAUAUUAUUGUCUCAAUUAACUUUAUUGUUAUGAUUUUAUCAUUUUCUAGCCUGCGUUAUAUAGGGUACCAUGGUUCUUUUAUUUUUAAAUUAUUAUAGCCUUUUUAUCAGUUUGGAAAUGCAGAUAUCCUAUACAAUUUCAUAUGGCAUAUCAUGUUUAUACAAGAUUUGAAUGAUUUUAAACCUGCUCAUAUUUUGCUUUAAAAGAGGAAUACAGUUGAAUGUGUUUGGUUGCAUAUAUGUAUAACGUUUAACCAAUAUGUGAAUAUGGCUUUCAUUCCUCUACCUUCCUAUGGGAUAGCAGGAUGCUGAGCUCAGCCAACCCAUAGCUGAUUUUGGAUGUUAUGUCCAUGUAUACUGCCAAAUAUGAACAUAAAGCUCACUAUAUACUUAUAAAAUUCUCCUAGAAAAAAUAUCUAUAUAGCAAGGCUUAAAAAAUGAGUUUCAUGCUGAGAAUUAAGCCUGGUGACUAAGUUAGUCUUUGGUAUGCAUUUGAUACCUGCCAUAGAUAGGAGGUGUGCCUCCAUCAAGAUGGCUCAUCAUGUAACAAUGCCACUCGGUAGCAGAUGUUUAAAAAUAGCCAGCCUUAAUUAACUGCUUUCAUAUGCUGUCCACUGCGCUCAGAGGGUUUCAUGGGGUGGUGUUAUUAUCACUAUUAUGUAGAUGAGAAAAUUAAGAUUCUUAGAUGUUCUGGAAUUUGUUCAUUUUCACAUGAUUGGAACAUUGUGGUCUUGUCUUUCAAGUCCAUGUCUACCAUACUCCACAGACCCUUUUCUGUCCACUUUGUCACCUAUAAUUCUGAGCUCCGAUAUAAAGACUUCGCCAUAUUUGAAAGAGAAUAGUGGGAAGUCUGAUGCUCAAUUUUGUGUACAGAACAGUUGCCUCUGUGACAUUGUAACUGCUGAAAUAAGAAAAUGCUCUUUUGAUUCAGGAUAUUAUUUAAUUAUUGCAAAUCUCCUGGCAUAGAUCUGAUACUCAAGUUAAAAAAUUAGGCUCAGGUUCUUACCUAUGAUUUUGCUUUUUAUAGUACUUUGAAACCUACAAAACUUACAUUCAACAUUUACACAUACAAAAUUCAUACAGUCUUUCAAAACUAAGAUUGCAUAGUAAUUUGAUGGCUUGAAGUUUUAAGUAUUACAACAUAAAUAGCAGAGACUUCAUGUUUAGGAUUAAUAAUUUUUAAUAAAUAACAUUAUCCUUUGCAUUAUUUCUUGGUGUUUUGUAUUUAUAUCACAUUUAUUUUUAUUUUUGAAAUUUCACAUUUCAUGUCAUUUUUAUAUGUUAUUUGUUUAAAGGUAAGAUUUUAACAAAGGACAUUGCAUAAAAUAAGAACUUAGCAAAAAAUAUUAAAUCAUACUCAGUUUAAAAUCAAUUUAUAUGUUUUGUUACAGAAAACAUUCUGGAAAUCAAUGUAUUUUUUUCCCAACAGAGAAAUUUUUAAUUAUUAUUUAUAGAAACUAUAAAUAACUUUAGUAUUUAAAGCAUUAACAUUUUUAAAGAACAUAAACCAGUGAUUGGCUUGCUUAUUUCAAAUCUGAUCAGUUGAUAUUAUUUUCUUCAGUAAUAUGAUAGUAAAAUAUAUACCAACAUUCUUUCACACUGGCCAGAUACAAAUCCUCUCUUGUCUUCCCUAUGGCAAAGAGUAACUUGCUAUUUUCUGUGCUAAUGUGACGUCCUUCUUAAUGUUAUCAACACACAAACACAUACCAAGAAAACACAAAAACAUCAACAACAAAAAAAACCCUGUACCUUUGAAAAACUUAAUAUUUUUAAGCCACUAUUUUAUACUCACUUCUGCUUGGAAAUGUUAAAAUGUAUUAUGAAUAAGUUAUUUGUAAAAUUGAGCCUGGGAUUUCACCUAGCUUCUUAUUUUAUAAGCUGCACAACAUUACUUUCAGCACUCUUACUAGUAUUCUUAAUCAAGACAUCCUUAACUUCAUUUGUUCUUCCUCCAUCAGAUAAAUAAUUAAAAUGUGUUAUAUUUGCAUUACAUGGAAACAUUCAAAAGGUCAUAUUUCCGAAAAAUAAACCUGAUAGAAUUACAGUCUUUGUGUACAUCAACUCUAAAUGAUAAUAAUAAAAACAGUAAAGAUUA